AUGGCGCGGCGGAGGAGACCGCCACGAUCCGGCGCCAUAACCGAGCUACCGCCCCUCCGAAUCCUCGGCCAGAUCGCCGCGCUACAAGGGAUAUACUACGCCACCGCUCUGAUUCUGAUGCUGUUCAUGACGCUCGUGAUGGGAUCGUCUUUCAAGCUGGACCUCGUCUUCGGCUGGGCCAGUCUGCGCGGCGACACGACGCAGGGGUGGUUGAUAGGGUUCGUGUGGUUGAGUUGCGCCGGUGUCGUUGUCGUCGCGCUCGUAGCCCUAAUAGCCCGCUCGAAACUAGUCCUCGACUUUGCGCUCACCCUCCACUUCAUCCACCUCGUCAUCGUCGUGCUGUACACGGGCUUCCUGCCGCGUCACGUCGCCUGGUGGGCCACCAUGGCCACGUCGUGCGCCAUGACCGUCGCGGGAGGCUCAUAUGGCUGCCGGUGGAGGGAGUUACGGCCCAUUAGUUUUGGAGGUCACGGCAGUCGGAGCACAAACAACAUCGAUGGCAACGCCACAUCGUCAGCCGAAAACGGGUCUGCCGGCGGAAGCCACGACGAUGAAGAGAUGGGCUUUGGAAGGGGCCGCGGCAGGGGCAGAGGAAGAGAUGGAGCUGGCGAAUACGAGAUGGUGGGCAUGAAAACCGAUGGCAAUCGGUAA